AUGACAUUCGACAACAACACUCCCACCAAGUUCCCUAACCUUCCACCCAAGGGUCCUGACGGCGACUUGCUCUUGGCCUCGGAGCGUGCAAAGGCCACUUUUGACGUCAAGGAGCUGUCAAAGUUCAUGUACACGGAACAAUACUUGAGCAAGAUGGAUAAGAUCGUUGACAUUCUCGAGAACGAGCCUGCUUUCGACAAGUCAGACCGCUUCCAUCACAGCCGCCCUGAAAAGAUUGCUGCUUCCUUGUGGAAGGAUAAGCGUCUUAUCGAACUCACAAAAGAACACAAUUGGGAUGAGGAGGAUGUCUCCAUUGCCAAUUUCUUGUAUGAUAUGUCCUCUCCUUUCACCCUUCACUACAGCAUGUUCAUCCCCACCCUGAAGAACCAGACCACCGAUGAACAAAAGAAGCUUUUCCUCGAGCCCGCAUUGAAGCAUCACAUCAUUGGCUGCUAUGCUCAAACUGAGAUUGGCCACGGUUCCAACGUCCAGGGUUUGGAGACGACCGCUACUUACAUCAACGAGACGAAUGAAUUCGAGAUCCACUCGCCUACCUUGACCUCCUCCAAGUGGUGGAUCGGUGGUCUUGGUAAGGCUGCCAACCACGCUAUCGUCAUGGCCCGUCUUAUCUUGAACGGCAAGGAUUAUGGACCGCACCCCUUCUGCGUUCAGAUCCGUAGCCUCGAAGACCAUCGUCCUUUGCCUGGCAUCACCGUGGGUGAUCUUGGUCCCAAGUUUGGUUUCAACAGUGUCGACAAUGGCUUCAUCAUGUUUGAUCAUUACCGUAUUCCUCACGUUUCCUUCUUGGCCAAGUAUUCUCAAGUGAAGCCCGGCAGCGGUGAAUAUGUCAAGCCACCCAAUGCCAAGCUCUCCUACGGAACGAUGGUCUUUGUUCGUGCAAACAUUGUUUUGGGUGUCCGUAUGGCUAUUGCACGAGCCGCCACUGUUGCCGUCCGUUACUCGGCCGUCCGUCAACAGUUUGUUGAUGCUGCCAAUCCCCGCAAGUGGGAUAACAAGGUCAUUGAGACCCCCGUCUUGGAUUAUACCAUGCAGCAAUACCGUGUUUUGCCUGCUGUCGCCACUGCCUACGCAUGCUACUUUACUGGCCGUGACAUGAUGCGUCUUUACGACUUGAACCAAGCUGAAAUGGCCAAGGGUAACUUUGGUCUUCUUGCUGACUUGCACGCCAGCUCUUCUGGCUUAAAGUCGCUCACCACAACCAUGGCUAUCAGCACCAUCGAAGAUAUGCGCAGAGCUUGCGGUGGUCACGGCUACAGUAUGUUCUCUGGUUUGGGCCAGUUCUACCAAGACUAUCUUCCUAACGUUACCUGGGAAGGUGAUAACUACAUCUUGACUCAGCAGACCGCUCGUUACUUGUUGAAGACUUACCGCAACGUUGUCGCUGGCAAGGCUACCGCAUCCGAGCACAACCACACUAUCAACUACUUGAUCCAAUAUCUGCAGAACCCGAAUGCCAAGUGCCCUGCCACCACGGGCGCUGACCUGCUCAACCCCGAAUUGAUCUUGGCCGCCUUUGGUUUCCGUGCUGCUUACGGCAUUGCCAAGGUUGCCGAACAGAUCGACAACCAGGGCCGCUCGUGGAACUCGAUGCUCGUCGAAAUCAACCGUAUCUCGCGCGCACACUGCCAGUUCAUGUUGGUCCGUACCUUUAUCGUUUCGCUCCAGAACGAUGAGCGUUUGGCCAAACCCGAGAACCGUGCUUUGCUCAAGACCCUCCGUUCCUUGGCCUCGCUCUUUGCCUUGCACACCAUGGAGCAGGAAUUGGCCGAGUUCCUCACCCCUGGCUACAUUUCCACUGAACAGACCGUCUUGUUGAAGCAGCAGGUCAUUGCCUUGUUGGAGGAAAUCCGACCUAAUGCCGUUUCCUUGGUCGAUGCCUUUGCUCUUCCCGAUUACUACCUCAACUCUGCUCUCGGCCGUUACGACGGUAAGGUUUACCAGGCUUACACAGCUGCUGCCGAGCGUGAACCCCUCAACCAAACUCAGGUUGUGGAGGGUUACGAUCAGUUCAUCAAGCCCCUCGUGCACGACGGUUUGAAGUCUGGCAGCUCCCAGGUGGCCAAGCUCUAA